GAUUGACUCAUCGCUUGAAAAGUACACACUUAAAUUCCAAGCUACGUUACUUAACGUUGAUGGGUGGCGUUGGGUUGUGUACCAGACGAUGGAGUUGUGAAAAUGUGUUGACAAGAGAAAAAAAAAAAAAACAAGGCAAACAAACAAACGUUCAUCGUCGCUCGCUUCGCUACUAUCUUUAUUUCAUCGAUUUAUUUCCAGACGGGGGUGCACUAUAUCCGUCUUGGCAUUGCGUCUCGUUCAUUAGAGACUGGGUGCAAUUGACAUCCCAUCCUGCCGUUGUGCAUCGCUCCGAGGUAUAAUUGGGAUACUUUCCUGGGCCGUGUGACAUAUUUCUGCCUGCCCUAUCGCUAAAUCAUGGAGGCACAUGAGGAACUUAUCAAUUGGGCUGAAGCCCAAGGAAUAGUCCUUUCGGGAGUUCGACCAGACAGGAUCCCAGGUCGUGGAAUUGGUAUCAUUGCCAGCAGGAAAGUCAAGGCUGACGAGACCGUCCUGCGUGUGCCAACAACAGCACUGAGGACAAAAUUCACCGUCCCAAAGGAGAUAUGUAAAGCUCUGCCAAAGAACAUGACCGUCCACGGCCUCCUGGCGGCUGACCUAUCCCUCGAGGACUCGGGAAAGUACGACGAGUGGAACUCCGUGCUCCCAACCCCGGAAGACGUCCGGACCAUGCCCUUCACCUGGCCACCGGCGCUUCAGGCGCUCCUCCCCACGCGCGCGGCCGAGCUGCUCGCCAAGCAGAAGGAGAAAUUUUCCAAGGACUGGGAGGCCGUGUCCUCCUCGCCGCUCUCCAAAAAGCCGACCAGGGACUCGUACCAGUACGCGUGGCUGCUCGCCAACACGCGUACCUUUUACUUUGUCUGCCCGCGCACGGAGCGGCUCGGCAAGGAGGACCGGAUGGUGCUGCAGCCCGUGGCGGAUCUGUUCAACCACGCCGACUCGGGCUGCUCCGUCGCCUUUAACGACGAGGACUUCACCAUCAAGGCCGAUCGGGACUACGACGCCGGCGACGAGGUGCUCAUCUGCUACGGCAACCACAGCAACGAUUUCCUGCUCGCCGAGUACGGCUUCGUGCUGGCCGCCAACCGGUGGGACGAGGUGUGCAUCGACGACGCCGUGCUCCCGCUCCUCACAAAGGCCCAAAAGGAGCUGCUCAAGGAGCGCAACUUCCUCGGCAACUACAUGCUCGACGCCGCCACCGUCUGCUACCGCACAGAGGUCGCCCUGAGGCUGGUCUGCAGCCCCAACGAGGAGUCGUGGCACGCCUUUGUCGACGGCUUCGAGGACGCCUCGGUCAGGGGCAAGGGUGCCGCCGAGAGGAUGCAGAGCAGGGUGGACCGACUGCUGCUAAAGGCGUUGACGAGGUAUCGGGACGAGAUCGUCGAGGAGCGCUGUGAAGCUUUGGAGGAUGAGGAGGGUCGAUGCGAUUACGGAUCUGGGUGGGAGGAGCAGACGGAGCUUUUGUUGGGGAGAUGGAAGCAGAUAUCGAGUCUUGUGAACAAAGAAAUCAAACGACUUGGGGUGAAGCUGGCGUAGAUUACAAUAUACAUUCAAAAAUACAUGAUACCCCAC